GUUCUUUUAUAGCCACAAACAUUAGAAGGACACAGGCGCACGUUAGCUCCCGUUAUCUCUUUUUCACUAAACUACGCAUCAUCGGCUACCCAAGGCUCUACCUCCCACUUGCUUCUUCCUCUAGAACAAAGUUGAAACCUUCUCUGCCACCAACUCUCUCUCUCUCUCUCUCUCUCUCUCUCUCUCUUAGUUAUGGCGUAUAUGAGACCUACCCUCUCUCAAAUUUCCCUUUCCCAAUCUAAUUUUCCCAGAAAUUCUACAUGGAAUAAUCCUCAACACUGUUUUUUCCACAAAAGGAUGCAAAAUUUCAACACUUCUAAAUCUUCCACUUCUUUCAGGGUCUGCUCCAGUUCUAAAGAUACUCAAAAGCAAAACAAUGGAGAAGAGCCUCCGGAGUCAUUAUUUAUGAAGGAAUUGAAGAGGAGAGGUAUGAAUCCUACAUCAUUGCUUGAGGAUUACAAGCAACCCAACUAUGGACUUGAUGAAGAGGCUUUUGUGAAUGAAGAAGAUAAAAGUUUCCCAAAGAGAAAAGCAGUGUCAACCAAUAUUGAGAGAGGUCUAGAAAAUCAAAGGGAGCGGUCUAUGGCGCUGAACAGUGAAGGUCUUGAGGGCUUGGUGCCUCGAGCUAAACUUCUAUUGACACUUGGAGGAACAUUUUUCUUAGCAUUUGGACCGUUGAUCCUCAUAACCGUGGCAUUAUUUUCUGCUCUUUACUUCUAUUUUGGACCGAGUUUUGUUCACGACGGAAGCAAGAUGUCUCUAUCAACUCCACAAUACGUGGACCCUUACGCACUCUUAGAAGAUGAAAGAAUAUCUCAAAUCGCGCCUCGGCUAAAUUAAAGGCAACAUUAUUACACGUACUUUACUAUUAGAAACCUAGUAGUCACAUAUAUUGAACUUCAGUUUACUUGGCUUUGUUGGUUUAGUUCAUUUGUAAAAUAUCAUCCAGGGUGAAGUUGUUAUCCAUUUUGCAGUCAUCGUUGACACAGUUCUUUACAUGUGUCUUCUGCAUUUUGCAUAUAUAUGUUGUGUAUAGUUUAUUUAAAUCUAAAUGAAAGCCUUAUUAGAAGUA